AUGCAGAAAAGUGCUUCAUCUUUAGUUCUUGGACAAGGGGGGUUAGACAUAGCUCAAUCCUUCUUCAAGCCCAUCGAUGGUGCAUCACCGCCGCCACCCACCAGACGCACCACCAAAAUCUCUGUUAUUGGUGUGGGAAACGUCGGUAUGGCUGUUGCGCAGACCAUCCUCACGCAAGACCUAGCUGACGAGCUAGCACUUGUCGACGUCGAUAAAGACAAACUCCGCGGUGAGAUGCUUGACCUCCAGCACGCUGCUGCAUUCCUUCCACGAACCACCAUCUCAGCUUCCGUUGACUAUUCCAGCACGGUUGGUUCUGAUAUUCUGAUCGUCACAGCCGGUGCCCGGCAGAUACCAGGGGAAUCGAGGCUAAAUUUGCUGCAGAGGAAUUUAGCUCUAUUUUCCACAAUAAUUCCACCGUUGUCAGCUGCGUCGCCGGAGGCUAUUCUGCUGAUCGUGUCUAAUCCAGUGGAUGUCUUGACGUAUGUUGCAUGGAAAUUAUCUGGGUUCCCCCCUAAUCGGGUUAUCGGGUCGGGCACAAAUUUGGAUUCGUCUCGGUUUCGGUUCCUCAUUGCGGAUCAUCUUGAUAUCAAUGCUCAAGAUGUGCAGGCAUAUAUCAUGGGAGAGCAUGGAGACUCGUCAGUGGCACUAUGGUCAAGCAUAAGCGUAGGUGGGGUACCAAUACUUAGCUUCUUAGAAAGGCAACAAAUUGCCUACGAGAAGCAAACACUCGAGAAAAUCCAUAAAGAAGUUGUCCACGGUGCAUACGAAGUAAUAGGUUUGAAGGGUUAUACGUCAUGGGCUAUUGGUUACUCUGUUGCUAACCUAGCUCGGACAAUACUAAGGGACCAACACAAGGUCCACCCUGUUUCAGUGCUAGCCAAAGGGUUGUAUGGCAUUGAUGAUGGUGAGGUGUUUCUUAGCUUGCCAACACAACUCGGAAGGAAUGGAGUGUUGGGUGUGACGAAUUUACAUCUUACUGAAGAGGAGUCUCGACAACUUAAAAACUCCGCUACAACCAUCUUGGAGGUGCAACGUCAAUUGGGCAUUUGA